AUGCCCGCAUUCUUCGAUGAAGAAUCCCAUGAACACGCCCACCGUAACCCAUGUCGUGCCAGGUCUAUGACCCAACCUGAGACUGACCCCUCUUAUAUCCCUGAGAGUAGCAGAAGAACUCCGAAGAAGGCCCCCUUUCUCUUCCUCUUCCUUAUUCACAACCCCCAGUAUCUCCAAGCUAUUGGAAAUCUCUGCCCACCUGCCUGUCUGCUGCUGCCACCGUCACUCUCACCAUCUCCAUCUCAUCCAAACGACAGCAAGGAUGCCUUUCUUCACUUAGGUCGCCAAGAUGCUUGGCCGCCUGCCCGGCUGUUCAUCAAGACCGUCAACGUCCUCGCCAAGAUCCUAGAGUUUCUAACUCUGAUCUACAGUAUUCUCAGUGUCAUCAAGGAUAUUCUAGAGUUGGUCAAGGGUCCGAAAGAUGGCAAACCUCAAUGGGGCGCCCAAAACUCUCAAAGCUCUACCAUCCUCCAAGAGCUCUUUUUAUCGGUUUUUCUUCCUGCUUGUUUCGUCACGGGACUGCCCGCCAUACAGGUAGACGUCGGUACCGCAUUGGGCCUAGCGUGA